AUGGCAUAUGCAGUUGCAAAUUUCGGAGCAGGAAUUGGCGGGUUGGUUUUACCACAAUUAGUGACAUAUCUAUUUGAUGAAUAUGGACUACGGGGUACCCUCAUAAUAAUUGGUGGAUUGCAUCUUCACUUCUUUCCUAUUGGUCUUUUGAUGCGACCAAUUGAAAGAGAGACAACUAAAUCACAAAAUAUUAAGGAAAUAGAAAAUCAGCGUUUGAUAAAACAAGAGGGGAAUCCAGAUAGAUUUUCUGAAUCAAAGGAAAUAAAGGAACAAAAUGAUGAGCACAAAAUACAGGAUGCUGACACUGCCUCAAACUGUUUGCUUCAUAAACAUAAAAAGGAAAAUGGAAAUGUAAUCACUCUGUUACCCAUUAAUUCUGAAGAUGAACUGAAUCAUCCUUCGUCAAAAAAUGAAUGUUCAGACGAUGAUACAGUGCGGAAAUCAAUAGGGAAAAGUGACUUCAAGAAUUCCACAUUAAAUUUAGAAAAGUAUUCAACACAAACUGAACGGAGGAAAGGUCUUUGCUUCAGGUUUAUGUUUAAAAUAUUUGACUUUUCUUUGUUCAAAAAUGGUAGAUUUAACCUGUUAAUGACAUCUUCGUUGCUCAUUGCUGCUGCCUGUACAAUUCCCGUAGCUUACAUUCCACCUUUCGCCAAAGACCAAAAAAUACAAAGUGCUAUGAUCGGAUAUCUUGUCACGUUCUCAUCAGCGAGUGAUUUAGUCGGCAGAUUCUUAUUUAUAUUCAUAGCAGACAAUAAGAUAAUCCAAAAACAUCAUAUGAUGACAAUUGCGAUGGUACUCCACGGAAUCGUGUGUCUUAUGGCAGUGUUCUGUACUAAUUUUGUCUCUUUAGCUAUAUUUAGCAUUCUGGAGGCUGCACUAGGUGGAGUUUACUAUUCUUUGAUAAACAUUCUGCUGGUUGAGUUUAUAGGCUUAAAAAGUCUCAAUCAUGGAUUAGCAGUUAAUAGAAUGACCAGAGGACUUUCUAUCGCCAUAACAUCUACACUCAUUGGUGUUAUACGUGAUAAUACUGGGUCAUAUGUCGGCGGAUUCUACUUGAUGGGGAUAUGUUCCAUCAUAGGUGGUGCUAUACUACUUUUCAAGCCCUGUGUAUCGAACAAUGAAAAAGAUUCUUGAAUAACUAGAAAUAUGUCACCAUACUGGGUCGUCCUUAAUUCUUUAAUAACCAUUAUUUUUAGCUGCAAUUUAUAUCAAAUAUACACUGGAAUGGCUAGUUUUAUGGUUUUGAAAUCGAAAUUUAAAGAUUUUUUUCAUGAUCGGUAAAUGACG